AAACAACCUUCUGCCAGUGUCGGACGUUUGGAGUCAAAGUUCAGCGCAAACCAACCGCAAUGCAAAACACGGGGAAACUAGCCGGCCUAACGCUUUUCAUUACCGGGGCGUCUCGCGGUAUCGGGAAAGCGAUCGCACUUAAGGCCGCCCGUGAUGGAGCCAAUAUUGUGCUGGCGGCGAAAACGGCUGAGCCCCAUCCGAAGCUAGCGGGAACCAUCUACACCGCAGCGGCCGAAAUCGAAGCUGCCGGCGGAAAAGCUCUGCCAUGCAUUGUCGAUGUGCGCAGCGAGGAAGCAGUAAGGGCGGCGGUCAAAAAAGCAGUCGCAACCUUCGGUGGAAUCGACAUAUUGAUCAACAACGCCAGCGCUAUUUCGCUGACCUCGACGGAGGAAACGGACAUGAAACGCUACGAUCUGAUGCAUCAAAUCAACACCCGAGGUACCUUCCUGGUCUCGAAAGAGUGCCUUCCAUACCUGCGCAAAAGCAAGCAUGCACACAUACUGAACAUUUCGCCACCGCUCAGCAUG